AUGCUUGGUGGUACUGGUCCGAAACAUACGAACGGCAACCCUAGUGAUUAUAAUACAGGGGUUAUAGCCGCAACUGAUAUUCCGGAAAACUGUAUUGCUGGUCCACAUCCCGGGGAGUUCAAAUUGGGACAGAAUUCUCUUGACGAACCAAAUAUAGAUUAUAUCAUAGAGGUGAAGCACAAAGAUGGGCGGAUAACUCUUGAUUUUGAAUCAUCCAAUCAGUGGAUAAAAUAUGUCCAGCCUGCACGAGACCGACACGAGCAGAAUAUCGAGUUCUAUAAAGACCGAACUGGUACCAUCUAUCUCCGGACUACAAGAAAACUAAAGAUGGGAGAACAGCUAUACGCAUGGUUCAGCGAACCAUUAGCCAGGGAAAGUGGAGUUCCUUUUUUGUCACUGCAAAACAUUAUCGGUAAUCAGCAAUACCAAUGUGACAAAUGCCAAUUGUCAUAUAGAUAUCCAAAUCCACUUAAAUCUCACAUGAUGUUCAGAUGUAGAACACAGGAAGCAGAAAUCCAACCAUUAAACCCUUACGGGCAUCAGUGGAAUCCAUUCCUAACACUAGGUUGCAGCAGCUCACGAUCUUGCAUACCAAAAACGGACUACACACAGUACUUUCGAAAUCAUACAACGGGUUAUAUCAAAGAAGAUAAGUGUUUUACAAAUGCUUGGAUGACACACUUGUCAUCAAAGUCACCACACUCGCGUUUCGAUCAAAUGUGCAUGUCACCACAUAAUGACUGUUUUGAACAUAACGCAAGAUUGUCUCCUCCCAAAGGUAUAACAUUCAGUCCAGCACAAUCACAUUUCUUUCCUUUUCAACAUUGUACAAAUCUUUAUUAUAAUUUGAUACCAACAUCUCCAGCAUCCAAUGGAACUGAUCAUGAUCCUGAAGCUGUCUGUAAAAACAAAGACAUUAAAAGAAACAGUGUUGUUCCUUUACCGUCGGAAAUGGAAGGAGAACCCUUAGACAUUUUACCAAAAUCGCUUUUAACAAAAUGUAAAAGUGGACAUAUAUGUAUUUUCUGUGGCAAAUUUUACUCCAGGAAGUAUGGACUUAAGAUACACCUUCGGACACAUACAGGUUAUAAACCAUUAAAAUGCAAGGUCUGCUUACGUCCUUUUGGUGAUCCCAGCAACUUAAACAAACACGUGCGUCUUCAUGCAGAAGGAGAGACCCCGUACAGAUGUGAAUUUUGCAAUAAAGUUCUCGUGCGUAGACGGGAUUUGGAAAGACACAUUCGUUCCCGCCACCCAAAAGAAACCAGUGCAUCCGUUUUGGACAGUGACUCUAUCAAAGAUAAUAGUGAUAAUGAAGAAAUAAUUGUUGCUUAAAUAUUUAUUCCAGUUUUGUCUUUUAUUGUGAUUCUUAAAUAAAUCAA